GUUUGGGAUCAGAAAGAAACAGAGCUUUUUGACUUUGAGAAGCUUUUAGGUAAAUAAAGGUGUCCUUUUUAUUCAUCUCACUAACAAAAGGUUAAUACUUGCUGAAGGAAACUAAUGAAGAAGCAGUAUAUGAAAUCUGGGUCUGGGACAAGGAAGGAGAAGGACAAGAAGAAGAGGUGGUUCUUGGACAACGGAAGCAACUUCUUAAGAGAACUUAUCGCUGACUGUAACGGUAAGUCCAUUCCUAUUCGCAGCUUUUCUCCUGAGCAGAUCUUGAAAGCUACCAACGAUUUCGAUUCGAGUUGUUUUGUCUCGAAAGAUGUAUACUAUAAGUGGUAUAGAGGUGAAAUCGAAGACAGACCUUACAUGAUCAAGAGAUUCUCUGAGGAUGAAAUUACAGGACACAGAGUUGAUGAAGUUUAUAAUGAUAUUGUCUUGUCUGCUCGGAUGAGCAAUCACAGCAACUUUCUCAAACUGUUGGGAUGUUGUCUCGAAUUCACUUUUCCUGUUCUUGUGUUUGAAUUCGCAGAACAUGGAGUUUUGAAUCAGCGAGGAGGUAUUGUGGUUAACGGUGAGGAGUCUUUGUUGCCAUUGAGUUUACGGUUAAAGAUUGGGAAAGAGAUUGCUAAUGCUGUGAGUUAUCUUCACAUGGCGUUCCCUAAGAUCAUCAUACACAGAGAUGUUAAGCCAAUGCAUGUUUUCUUGGACAAGAACUGGACAGCAAAGUUUUCUGAUUUAUCCUUCUCGAUCUCUCUCCCUGAGGGCAAAUCAAGAAUAGAAGCUGAAAGAGUUUUGGGAACAUUUGGGUAUGUCGAUCCAUUAUAUCAUACCACGAGUUUUGUGACUGAAUAUACAGAUGUUUACAGCUUUGGAAUCUGUUUGCUGGUUAUUUUUACUGGUAAACCGGCUGUCAUCACUAUUUCCAAUGGAGAUCUACAAGGUAUUCUUAGCUAUGUGAGAGGCUUAUAUGAGAAUGGGAAGCUCGAUGAAGUAAUAGAUCCACUGUUGAUGAAAGAUAUCACUAGUGGUCAAAGGUUGCAAGUCGAAGCGUGUGUGGUCCUUGCUUUGAGAUGUUGCGAGAAGAGAGAUGAAGACAGACCAAAGAUGAUCCAAGUAGCUAAAGAACUCAAGCGGAUUGAAACAUCAUUGAGUAAUUCUAGCUAGAGGAACUCAAGGAACUUGAUGAGAUAAACUUUGAGAUAUCUUCGCGGAGUAGGCAUCACAAGAACACUCAGAUUCUUAAAUACAAGAGAUAUCGACUGCCUAAGAAUACUUCCAUUUGCAGUAUUGAAUGCUCGGGAAUGUCAUCACUCACGCUAUUUAACAUCUACUGGUCUAUCAGAUCAGUCAACAAACCUCGCUCCAGAAACUUUCCACUGUAUCAUGCCACACAUUUUGUUACAGAAUAUACCGAUGUGUUGGUUAUUUUCACUAGAAGACCAGCUCUCUCGUUUUUACUGGAUCUGAUGCGGAUUACGAAGGUAAUCUUGGUUAGUUGGUUAUGUGAAAGACGUAUAAAGCUUGGUGAAGUAAUUGAUCCAAUGAUAAUUAAAAGGCAGCAGGAGUGGUCAAAGAUUGCAGUGGCUAUAUAUGUGUUUUACUUGCGGUGAGAUGCUGCGAGGAGGGACCGAGAGAGACGAAGACAGACCAAAGAUGAUCCAUAUAGACUGUAUAGCUAAAGAACUCAAGCGGAUUGGGACGUCACUUUUGAGAUCCUGACUACGCAUCCUCUGUUCUGAUAUAAAGUCUACUUAACUUUGAUUGCAUUUGAAUUCUUGUCAAUGUACUUUUUAGUAUCUGUGUCAGUGUGUGACAUGUGAUUGUGAAUUCGAAGCAGAUUCUACAAGAACAUGACUGAAAAUGGGAGCUUUUCAUUUUGCUUAUA